AUGUACGUUAAAUAUCCACUUAUCAAUCAUACUCUCCCGAGCAUACUUUGUUGGCACAUUUGGAAGGCUAGGAAUAGAGCAGUUUUUGAGGGCAUUCAACUGCAUCCUCCUUCUAUUUGCCAAGAUAUUUUUUUGGAGACCAAAUUACUUCUUGAAGGGCAGUUCAAGCAACAUGUUGGGGCUCGAUCAUUCUUGCAGUUGUGUGAUUGGUCGUCUCAGUCGGAGCGGCGUUUCGAGCUCAAACUUGUUUGUUGGGAGCCAGCUGCAAUGGGAGCACUUACCCUGAACACGGAUGGCUGCUCCAAGGGUAAUCCUGGGCCAUGUGGUGGCGGAGGAGUGCUACGGGAUCCAUCGGGACACCCCAUGGUAGGGUUCUCGGCUUUUUUUGGAGUGACAUCUAGCGUCCAGGCAGAAACGCUGGCACUUCUAACGGGGCUUCAGAUAUAUGCUCAAAAGGGGUUCAUGAAUGUUAGCAUUCAACUGGAUUUUCUAGUUUUGGUGGGGAUUCUUCAACUCCAGCUUCACUGUCAUUGGCAUAUCCGCUGGGAGGUCCAGCAAAUAUGGAAGCUGGCAGGAGAUCCGUCGAGACUUGUCCAUUGUUUCAGAAAGGCAAAUAAUGUGACAGAUAUUCUGGCUAAUGUUGAGGUAGCACACCCCCACCAUGUUGUUAAGCUCUAUGAGCAUUGGAAUGAAUGGCUGAGGCUGGCUCGUGGAGGAAUUAGCCUAGAUAGCAUGAGAGCUCCUUCUGUUAGGAGGGUGCGAACCCCUUAA